GUUUAAUUUAAAGAAAGAAAUCUCUACUAAUACGAGGACCACUCCCUAGGGUUCUUGCAGAAAGAUUCGUUGAAGCACCAUGCAACUCACUCUUGAAUUCGGUGGUGGGCUUGAGCUUCUCUGUGAUUCAGUGAAGAUUCAUAAUGUGGAUGUUAGCCCUGAUAAUGAAGUAGACAAGUUAACUAUGAAAGAUUUACUUGUGUGGGUUCGUGCUAAUCUGAUCAAGGAGAGGCCAGAAAUGUUCAUGAAAGACGAUUCUGUGAGACCUGGUGUUUUAGUUCUUGUCAAUGAUUGUGAUUGGGAACUUAGCGGUGAGCUCGAUACGCCUUUGGAAGAUAAGGAUGUGGUGGUUUUUAUCUCUACCUUGCACGGUGGUUAGUAUGUGGUUGGUUAUAGUAUCUUUUCAGAUCAUAAGUGAUUGCUGCCAUAUCUGUGAAACUCAAAACUAAUGUGAAAGAAAUUUAAGGUUUAGAAAGAAAGGGGAAUGGGGAUUUUAACUUUGUCCUCAACUUGUUACUUCUUAUGCCCCAGUGGCAAAAUGUAUGUUCUGUUGAUGUUACUGUACUAUUUUCAUGAUAAGUGACAGAUAAUGUGAUUUACAUGAAAGGAAUGGAGGUUUUGUAGA